AUCAUAUCCUCACUCCCAGUCCUUUCCUUUCCCUUCCUUCCCUUCACUCCCUUGUUGACUGCAGCAGCUUUGUCGGUUCGAUCUUUACUAGAAUUGAUUUUGUACGACCUACCCUGGUUCCAUGACGUCUCGUGUGCCUGCGAACCUUCUAUUCCAUACUGUUAUCAUCGGUAGCCAGGUUAUUAUCCUGGCAUUUGGGUAUGGAUUUCUUGGUGCAGUUCUCUAUUAUGGUUACCUCGCUCCACCCGAUCGAGUCGGCAAUUUAUGGAAGCAUUACCCCGAAGACUUGACAAUGGUAGUCGCACUGAUAGCCACUGCGCUUUCAGUGACUACCACUAUUCUUUUCACGAUUUCAAUGAAGAAGGCAUUGAAACAUCGGAUGUCGGAUCCCAUGUCUCUCGUUCAGAUAAGCGCCGGUAUCGCUUUGGUGAAGGGCUCAUUCAUAUUGAGACCUGAGUACUUGCGACUGACCACCCUUACGCUGUUUGUCUUUGGUGUGCUGAAACUCUUGACAGCAGGGUGGACGACUCUCCUGACGCCAAUUGACUUCCUAUGGCCAAUUCAGAUGCAAGGAUCCGAACUUGACAUUACUGGAACCGCAUUUGCAACCUUGCUCUCCAGAGAAUUUCAAAAGCAGGGUUUUGUUGACAUCCAGGACAAUGCUUUCGAGAUUCUUGAUAUUGGCGCAAUGCUAAGCGGAGGCUCUGCUGCAGGGUAUACCUAUGGUCUUCCUGGAACAUUUAAUUUCAAUGGCGCAAAAUAUAAUGCAUCGACUCAGGGGAUUGUGCCCAUCAUCGAGGGUUAUUCUGGCUCGGAUGGAGUUCCAGGUGCCAACGGAACCCGUCUCGGGUUUUCUGGUGGGAAAGUUGUAGUCAACACAGGACCAAUACUGGGAAAACAUACCUAGCGUGACUAUCCUCAAGGCUUCAGCAGGAAUUAUUCCAUGUGGCAGCAAGGGUUAACAGCCUAUGUCAGCUGCCAGCCCAUUGACGCGAGUCAA